ACAACCUUUGUACAAUGAAAUUAAACAAGCCUCCCUCCCAAAGAAGUGGUGUUAUGAGCCAUCAAACCUCUGAAAUACACUUUCCCCAAAAGGCUUCUACAAUUUUACCACUACUGUAUAUCAAACAAAGCAACAUUCAACAACCAUUAGAAUCUAAUAAUAAAUAUGUUGGUUAAUGACAGACAACAAAGGCAAUGAAUACACACCCAACUCCCUUCAGUUCUCCUUCAUUUGUUCCUGAGGCUCAAAUCUCUUUUUGCCUCCAUUGCAGAUUGUGAUGAAUUGCAGAUUGCGAACAAGGAUGAACACGACAAAAUCCUCAGAGAGGAGAAGCCACGUGAGAAUUUGGAGUGUGGAGACUGCUGCAGUCAGAGCUCCCAUUCCAGUUCCCAACAAAGAAAUCUCAUUGGAAAGAAACACUAUCAGUGCAUGGAAUGUGGAAAGAGCUUCAGUCAGAACUCCAGUCUCACUAAGCAUCAAAGAAUUCAUACAGGGGAGAAACCCUAUCAGUGUGUGGAAUGUGGAAAGAGCUUCAGUCACAGCCAAAGUCUGACUUCCCAUCAAAGAAUUCAUACAGGGGAGAAACCCUAUCAGUGUGGGGAAUGUGGAAAGAGCUUCAGUCAGAGCUCUGAUCUCAGUUCCCAUAAAAAAAAACAUACAGGGGAGAAACCCUUUCAGUGCAUGGAAUGUAGAAAGAGCUUCAGGAAGAGCUCCCAUCUCACUUCUCAUCAAAGAAUUCAUACAGGGGAGAAACCCUUUCAGUGCGUGGAAUGUGGAAAGAGCUUCAGUUACAGCCAAAGUCUGACUUCCCAUCAAAGAAUUCAUACAGGGGAGAAAUCCUAUCAGUGCGUGGAAUGUGGAAAGAGCUUCAGUUACAGCCAAAAUCUGAUUUCCCAUCAAAAAAUUCAUACAGGGGAGAAACCCUAUGAGUGCAUGGAAUGUGGAAAGACCUUCAGUCGUAACGACUUUCUCACUUCCCAUCAAAGAAUUCAUACGGGGGAGAAACCCUAUCAGUGCAUGGAAUGUGGAAAGAGCUUCAGGCAGCGUUCUGAUCUCACUAAGCACCAGAGAAUUCAUAAAGGGGAGAAACCCUAUCAGUGCAUGGAAUGUGGAAAGAACUUCAGGGAGAGCUCCAAACUCACUUCCCAUCAAAGAAUUCAUACAGGCGAGAAACCAUAUCAGUGCUUUGAAUGUGGAAAGAGCUUCAGUCAGAGCGCCCAUCUCACUUCACAUCAAAGAAUUCAUACAGGGGAGAAACCCUAUCAGUGCAUGGAAUGUGGAAAGAGCUUCAGUCAGAGUAAUGAUCUUACUUCCCAUCAAAGAAUUCAUACAGGGGAAAAACCCUAUCAGUGUGUGGAAUGUGGAAAGAGCUUCACUCACAGCCACUAUCUUACUUCCCAUCAAAGAACCCAUACAGGAGAGAAACCCUAUCAGUGCAUUGAAUGUGGAAAGAGCUUUAGUCGGAGCUACUCUCUCACUUGCCAUCAAAGAGUUCAUAUUGAGGAGACAUCCUUCAUUAUAUAGCUUUAGGAGACAAGGAAAUCUGCACUUUUUUAACCAGGCCUUUGGCUGAUUGAUAUCUAAUGUCCUUUUAAAAUGUGGUGAGAAGAGAGUUACACAUGUGUAUUUUGUGUUUUUAUAUUGUGUUUUUGUUUUAUGUUGUAACCGUCCUGACACGUGCAACAGGAGUCAAACUUUAGAGGCUGAGGGUUUUUUGCCCCCCAAUAAAACAUUUGAGGGGGCCACACCCCAAGUUUGUAGUCAUUGCCAUUCCAAUGGCAUGCAUGCAUCAUGUGAUUUAUUGUGCAAAGCAGGUCUUACCUGGCCCCCCACCAAUAUUUUAUUCAAUUCAGCACCACUGGGUUGAGUGGUAUACAAAUUAAAUAAAUACAUAAAUCGCCUUCCUUUGCACAUGUUCCAGCUUGUCAAUAUCCUUAUUCUUUAUCAUUUUUAAAAUUUAUGUACCCUUCACCUGAAGAUUUCACAACAUAAACACAAAGGAUGAAAGCAUGGCUUUCUCAAGAACAAGCAAAUCCAGAGAAAUCUCUCCUCCCCUUUUUUCGGAUGGAGUUAUAAACUUUGUUGAUCAGGGGAGAGCUGUGGAAAUAGUGCGUCUUGAUUUCAGUAAGGCUUUUGACAACGUCCCCUGUGAUCUUUCUGUGAGGAAGCUGUUAAAAUGUGGGCUGAAUGAGGAAACUGUUAGGUGGAUUUGACUGACCGAACCCAAACAGUCCUCCUUCAUGGUUCCUCAUCAUCCUGGGGUGCUGCAGGGUUCUGUCCUGGGCCCGUUGUUGUUCAACGUCUUUAUAAAUGACUUGGAUGAAGAAACUGAGGGGCUGCCCAUCACAUUUGCAGAUGACACCAAAUGGGGAGCGGAGGUCAAUGUUGCAGAAGGCCGAAUCAGAUCAAGGGCAGGAAUAGUACCACUUUAUUCUGCCUUGGUCAGACCCCACCUUGAAUACUGUGUUCAGUUCUGGGCACCACAAGUAUCUUAAAUAUUGGUUGCCUGGAGAAAUCAAGAAGGUGGGGGAACACAAUCCGUAUUCCUUUUAUAACAUGUGGCCAAUGUUUAUUGAAUACAUGUAUUGUUAAGACUGUUGUAGGAAUCCACCCAGCACUCAGUAAUUUUUAAUAAACAUUAAAUGUGGGACGUGUAAGCACUAACCCCCACCCCACCCCGAUCUCUCAGAGUGAAAAUACCUCAGUGGGCAGGAUCGGCUAAUAGGAUAGCUUGAAGAACUGGGUCAAUCACUAGCCCUGUAUAUAUAGAGAGAGAGCCAUUGUGUAUAUAUAUGGAUAAUCAGUUGUGACGGCAGUGAGACACGCAAGAGUGCAGUUCAUUUAUAAAGUUGGUUUUAUUCCAAGAAAAGAACAGAUUACCAGGAGCUCCUCUCCCGCGAGCUGGUCGCCAUUAUGAUGAUGACUCAACUAAGUUCUCAGUGUCACGUUUCAUCCUACAAAUGCAACGUGGGAGGAAACUUCUCUUCGUACUCUGUGACAAAUUGUGUCCUUUUUCCUGUAACCCCCCUACGCUCUUGAAUACUCGAAGGCUGGCCAGCCAUGUCUGAGAGGCUAUCUGUGGAGUUUGGCCUUUCACCUACAUUCUGGGAGAGUGUUUCCAUGAUAACCCCCCUCCUUUUGCUCUGGGCCAUCUUCCAACCCUGGCAGCUGCUUGGACUCUGACAGAGGUGUUGAAAACAAAUGAAAUUAGACACAAGUAGGAAUUUCCUGAAGGUAUUUCCUUCACCUACAAAGAUAGAAGAAAGACUUUUAGAUCCCCAGAAUUCGGAAAAUUUUGGCGGAAAUACAAAAUAUACAAAAUAGGCUUGGGAGGGGGUACAUCUCAAGAAAGAGAAGAAAGACAGGAAAGUCCAGGAGGAUAAUAAAAGAAGUAGAGUUUCCCACAACUAUAUUAUUGUACUUAAGUGCAGUUCCAUAUUUGAUGUUGAUAUUUGACUUUGUGUCUAAUAAAAAUUCAUGAAUUUGAA